AUGCACCAGGGAUUGCUCUCGUCUUGCUGGCUGAUUCUCCUCGUCGCUGCUUCAGGCGAGGAGGCACACGAAAUGACAAGCAAUAAUUCGAGCCUCGCUGAGGAUGAUUAUCAACUCUCCGAGGAAUAUGGAGAUGAUUACUAUGGAGAUGAUGAUUAUUAUGACCUCGAUUUCACACCACGGCAGGCGAAUAUCAUGGCCUAUCUACCAAAGCCAUUCUCCCUGCUCUCUUUAGUGUGCUCUUAUGUUAUAAUCCGGGAGAUUUUGUGUGAGAAGAAAAUCAGAGGAAGAGUGGGUGGUACACCCCUGAAUCGAAUGCUCAUGGCCAUGGCCAUUGGAGACAUUAUCUUCAGCUUGGCCUAUUUUAUUGGGGUUUGGGCUGCACCUCCAGAAGCAGCCUAUGGGCUGGAAGGGCAUGGUACUGUGGGAUCCUGUACCUUUCAAGGAUUCCUUGUCCAGCUGGGGUUGAUGCUAUCCGUCUUGUCAAGCACCAGCCUAUCCUUCUUCUAUUUACUUUUGGUUGGACGAAAUUGGAGGGACAGUGAUUUGGAAGCAUGGGAGUUUCCUAUUCAUGGCGUAAUAUGGCUCAUUGCACUUGGGCUAGCAAUCUACCCGCUCCCUUUGCAACUAUACAACAGCGCUGGUGAAGUCUGUUGGAUAGAAUCCGUCCCACCAAGUUGCUCCGGUGAUGACUGCAUGAGAGGCCCAGAUCCCUGGGUCCACCAAGUGAUCGGCCUGGUAUUGCCAUUUGUGUGUCUUCUGCUGAGCUUGCUCAACUUGGGGUUUAUACUGUGCAAGGUACGCCAGGUAGAAAACACAACCAGACGGUAUGCUGGUAGCGUUUCGGCUUCCGCCACCUCUGCAUCGGCCUCCGAUGGCAGAGUAUCGGCUGUAAGUGAUUCAGCACUCAGGAGCAGCUCUGUAAAUCGGAAAAAGUCCAAUGCAGUUGCAAAGCAGGCAGCAUUCUACACAUUUGCAUUUCUUUUGACAUACCUCCCUGAUCUAAUCAUUGCAGUGAAGUAUAAUGUGGGUGGACUAGUCAGGAUUGGCGCUGAGUAUUUUGCAUAUUGUGUAGUCUUGCCGUCGGCAGGGACAUUCAACUUUCUUGUUUUUUCAAGGAUGAGGCGAAUGAAAACACCAGAGGGGCGCGUCCUGAGAAGUGCAUUUUUUUGCCUGUGCUGUAGGGCCCCCAUGGAUUCAAUGACUUCAGUAUUUGGCCGAACACAGGCGACCUGCACGGAUGUGCCUGAGGUCUCUACGCUGCAGCGCGAAGACGCCAACAAAACAACCGUCGACCAGGAUCACGAAAAAGGCAAUCACGUUCGGACAGACAUGGAGAAUGAUGAGAGCAAUGAUGAGUUUGCCUGUGAGUGA